UACACUUCUCUACUCAACCAGGAGGAUGCAAAUGUUUUCAGAUCUGAUGUUGUUGAGGACCUUGAUAAUGAAGUGAAAGAAUUGCCAGGGCUGAAUGAAAUAAACUCACAGCCGAUUAAGAGGGGUCGAUCCAAGAAUUUCAGUGUAGAAGAGGACCUAAUGUUGGUUUCUGCUUAUCUUAAUGUAAGCAAAGAUCCCAUUACCGGUAGAUAUAAAAAAGAAGGCACAUUUUGGGAGAUAGUAUGGAAAUAUUUUAACAAGAACAGGAAAUUCGAGUCCGAUCGUAAUUGGUCAUCAUUGAAACAUCGAUGGCUUGCUAUUCAGAAGGAAGUGAAUAUUUUUCAAGGUUACUAUGAUGCCAUAGAAAGGAAAGAUCAAAGUGGCAAGACGAGUGAUGACAAGCUUGCUGAAGCAAAGGCAGAAUUUCGGGAAAGACAACAUGGGAGGGCAUUCUCUGUCUUCCAUGUGUGGAUGAUUCUUAGGCAUGAGCCAAAGUGGGCAUUCAGAGAAUCAAAGCUAAAAGACCCACAAGAAACAAAUAAUGCUAGUAGUGAUGCUCCUAUCAACAUUGAUAGACCACCAGGGAGAAAAGCUGAGAAGGAAAAAGCACGGGCUAGAAAGCAUGGUGCCUGUGAUGUUGAUGGUGAUCCUUUCUUUGAAGAAUUAAAAAAGAUGAGAGAAUCCCAGGAAGAAAAUGACAAAGACCGAAAGGCCCUUGAUGAGAAGUUCUAUGAGUUGGAAAAGAUUAAGGUUGAAGCAGAGCAAGAUCGUCAAGUCAAAGAGAUAAUGCAAACUGACACAAGCACAAUGGAUGACGAAUCAAAACAAUACUUCAAGUUGAUGAAAAAAGAGAUUUUGAUUCGUCGUUUUGGGAGUAGUCAGCCAUAGGUGAUUUAGUUUUUAGAAUUUUAGUUCAUUAUUGCCAUAAGUCUGCAUGUAAGUACUUGAACAAUCUGAGGUUAACAAUGUUCAAAACUCAUAAAAAUAAUGAAGUGCAUUUGCUAAGUUUAGCAUUA